GCAUCCCAUUUAUAGGUCAAUCGAACAUAUCUCAUCCUUUUCUGUUAACAAUCGUACGAAGAAUGGCGCGCAAAUAUAUCGAUUUUCUGAUUAUCGUCUGAUUACGUUCGUCGAUGUAAAAUAUUUCCGGAAAUGGAUAGUUAUUUCGUAUUUAAUUCGAAGUUGUUUUCAAAUUCGUAAACAAUUAUUCAAAUUUUCAUAAACAGCUGAGGAGAAUAUUGCUAGUUUGGAAAAUGGUGAAGCGAAAAUACACUGGAAAGUAACGAAUUUUUAAUUCUUUUUCCAGAAGGAUGGAUCGGUGAAUGAAUCGUUGCAUCCGAACAUUCGAAUCUGUUUAAAUGCCAGGGCGAUAAAUCAUCGAUCACGAUGGAGUAAACAUCCCAUCGAAUUUCAACGAUGUGACCGUUGACGCACGUUUGUAACGCGAACUAUGCCACGAUCAUGAUUUCACCAGAAUCCGACUGAUCGAUUUCGAAGUGUUUCGAACGUUUCAUCGGAGGAAAUUUGAUAACCGAAGCUUUUCCCUGAUCGAACAUCGUGCAAAUUAAAUCGUGUGUUAAUUCCCGCUUCUGUACUUCGAAUUGGACCGUUUUUUUUUUUUUUUUUUUGCGGCAACUUUUUAGAUUUGAUGAAAAACAAGUUGGAUGUGGGGCGAAUUUCGCGUUAUUCAUUUGCGAUUUUCAUGGAAAGAGGGAUCGAAACAAAGAGAUCGAAGAGAAUAAAAGAUAAUGAGAAUAUUCCUGGUAUUCCACCGAUUUCCACCUUGGAAUACAUUCCACCCGUAUUACCAUACACAGAAUUUUUUAAAUUUAUGUUCCAUCUGAGAAUGCUUUUUCCAGAUGGAUGAAAAUAUCAAAAGUCGAAAGGGAGAUCGUUGUUAUUAAAACUUUUCGAGCGUUGUAAAUUCGGAAACAGUUGACGGAAUACGUUCAACAUUUUUCACGUUCCAUACCAAAGUACCUUGACAUAAACCUUGAAUUUCAUUUUUCAUAUAACUGUGUGCGCACUUGAUGCUUGACGUUGUUGAAGAUGAUUAAAAUACAAUGGCGAACGUUCUGUCCGCAAAAAAAAAAAAAAAAGAAAGAAUAAAUUAUAAACGGGACACAAAACCGAAGAAGAAGAGCGAGCACGUUGCUCUUUUAAUAAUAUUCGUAUUCCCUCCUCGUGUCCACGAUAUUAAUCCACGAUUCCUUUAGUUGGAGAGCAAAAUAAAACGAACGAAAUCUCCGUUCAUCCGUGAGGAUGGAAUAUUUCACGUUUGUAUAUUUUAAAAAGGAUGGUCCUUUCGUAUUUCGAGCUACGAUACUCUUCCUUUGCGAUGCGAGAACCUAUAGGUUGUAUUUCAUAUCCACGUGGAAGAAUGGAGAAUACGAGAUACGUAUCAUCGGGUAGAUAAACGUUGAAACGGUUGUUCGAAAAUAGAAAAAAACUAUAAAAGAAAGGAGAAAGAAAUAUUUGUGAACGCGUGACAGGUACAGUGGUGUGUUUGCCAACGAUGCACCGUCGUUUCGCAGAAUUUUCUCUUUCCAUUAUUCCGAUAUCUUGUGGUCGAUACGUUGUACAGGAUCGAUCGAUUAGGAUCGAUUUUGGCUCGCGUAGAUGGUAAUAUCGUUGUUACGUUGAUGAAUAGAACGUUGGUCGGGAAAACGAGUCAUCGAUUUACGUAAUGUCGAGAUAAUAUGUACAUUCUAAUUACGCCACGAUUGAAACUGAUGACGGAUAAAAUUAACCGUGAAAAUUUAUGUGCAUUACCAGUUCAACUUUACCAUUCGUUUACCAUGUGUAACCAUAUGACGUUUGUUAGGUCCCGAACUCAAAUAUCUGUUGGAGAGGAGUGAUUCAGUUCCACGAAUAUCAUCUCUUGUCGGCAUAAUUUCGAAAUUGAGCGUCGGAUUCCUCGUAUAUUAACGAGAUUAAUUCGAGCACGAUUACCGAACCAAGUCAUCAGAUGCAAAUUACUAAAUAUACGUAUCCAUCCCUUCGCGGAAGCGCAAGUAUUAGCUUAUAAUUAUUUCAUUUAUACGCGUCGAGCAGCCUUCCAGGCGUGGAUUCGAUUUCAACGAGAGAACUCGAAGGUAUUGUUGCGUCGUUGAAAAAAAAAGAAUAAUAAUUUUGCGUUGAAAUAUGUAGGUUGAGGAAUAACGUCGAUGUAAUAAAUUUAACAAUACAAUUAGAACGGACUGACGGUAUUUCGUUUACAUAAUUUUCGUGAUUAAAUAUAAGAAUUGCAAAUGUUUGGCGCUUUUGCUUGAUUGCGUAAUGUUACGCUUAUGUGAAAGUGAAGAUUCGAUAAUCUCACGUGAUGAGAGUUAAGAUGUAGAGCAAGCUCGAGGAAGUGACGAAAAAUGGUGGACAAAGAGGAAAUAAGGAAGACACCCUCGCCCCUGAAUAUCAACGAGGCGAUCGAGGGGGACGCGUUGAAUCAAAAGACUGCUAGGAUACUUAAGAACGAUCUUCUAUUAUACGAGGCUGUGAUAAAAAAUGAAGCGGACACCGUUCGCAAAGUGCUCAAAGAGACCGUGGACGUCGAUUCCAGGAACAAUUAUGGACGAGCGCCAAUUCAUUGGGCAGCAUCGAGGGGAAAUACGGAGAUCAUCGAGAUGUUGAUACAAGCGAAAUGCGACAUCGAGGCAAGAGACAAGUUUGGCAUGCGUCCGUUACACAUGGCUGCGCGAUAUGGACACAGGGACGCUGUUAAAAUGUUAAUCAACGCUGGAGCAAAUGUGUCAGCGGUGAACAAGAAACAAUAUACACUUUUAAUGUGCGCUGCUCGAGGCAACAAUGUUCGCGUCGUCGAAUAUCUUGCAGAGGCUGUGGAAUCGUUGAACGGAGAUGCAACUGACUGCACCGGUGCAACUGCACUUCACCAUGCAGCUAGCGCUGGUCAUCCGAGUAUGAUAACCGCGCUUUCCAACGUGCCGAGAAUCGAGCUCAACGCGACUGAUAAAAAGGGGCAAACACCGAUACACUGCGCCUGUGCAGAGGAGCACCUGGAAGCUGUGGAAGUUUUGAUAGCUCUAGGAGUGAACGUGGACGCUCAGGAUCACGAAGGAAACACCCCUCUCCACGUGGCCACGAGAACGAGGCAUACAGCCAUAGCUCAAUUAUUGUUAAGAGCCGGGGCGAACACCGAAUUGAUCGACGAAAUAGGUUUCACUCCCCUUCACGUGGCCGCCAGCCAGGGUUGCAAAGGGAUACUAGAGUCGAUGAUUCAACACGGUGCGGCACUCAACAAACAGUGCAAGUAUGGGAACACGCCUUUGCACUUGGCCUGUCAAAACAACGAAGUAGAAACGGUUGAGAUACUGAUCAAUAAAGGCGUCGAUCUAAAUUGUUUAAAUUCGAGGUUACAAUCACCCUUCCAUAUCGCGACGGAAAUAGGGCACAACGACAUUUGCAAGCUAUUGCUGGCAGCGGGCGCAAACAUCGAGCAAAGGGAUCAGAGCGGAAAGACGCCACUUUACAUCGCGGCGAGGGGCAGUUUCACGGCCAUCGUCGACAUGAUAAUUAAAACAGCGAGAUUGGAUUAUCCCACGCCGGAGGAUUCGACGUCUGACAAAGAAAUUCGAGAUUUGACACCGGCUAGAAGAAGAUGGCGAGAGGGAUCGAGGGGCGAAAGUAUCUCGAGUAACAAUAGCGUACUUUCCGAGCAUAUACGAUCGAUUCUGUGGAAAUUGGCGUACAAACAAUUAGGACCUGAAGAUUGGAAGAAAUUAGCGUUGCACUGGGCGUUUACGAACGAUCAGAUUCGAGCGAUCGAGCAUCAGUAUACGGCUCCCCUUAUAGGUCCUUCGAGUUACAAAGAGCACGGUUUCCGGAUGCUGAUGAUCUGGGCAUCAGGAUUGAAUCCUGAAGUCUCCAUAGGGAGAGAGCUUUGCGACGCUUUGUCCGCGGUGGAUAAAAAAUCUGUUGCUGAAUCCGUUCGUAAGCACAUGGAUCAAGAAAAAGAUGGGAAAACGAAGUUGAAUAAACAACGAUGUCAUAAAUGUUCCAUCACUUAAGAAUAACGAUUAACGAUUCCAUUCGAGUCGAACGAAAUUAAAACGAAGAACAAAAAAAAAAACUUGAAAAAAUUUUCAGUAGAUAAUUUUAGAGAAAUCUCGCGAUGCGACAUAUCUAUAGAGACGCUGAUCUUAUCUUUUUUACAAUAUGUUUCAACAUAGACUCGCGUAAAAAUAUCAAUUAAACUCGAGAAGAAAUUUUGAAACGAGUAUAAUCACAAAUCAACGAAAGCUUUUCACAUAUCGCGAAAAAUUUGAUUUAAAUAUCUUUGAAUUGAAAUCAUCGUGCAAAUGUACAAAUUUAAAAAUUCUGAAUAUUUUAUCUCUUUCUAUAUAUUUUUGAAGAAUUCCGAUCUUCGUGAACGUUGCAAUUUUUAUUCUUAUUCGUUAGUUUAAAAAAAAACAAUAAAAAAAAAAAAGAUAAUCGACGUUUGAAGCCGUCCGAUUUCACUUUAUCUUUUGUUAAAUACUGAUCUUGUUGUUCAAAAAUCAUGCUAUUCCAAAUUUGAACUGUAAAUAUACGAAUAUAAUACGUAUCACAAGAUACUUAGAAUAAGUGCGAAAAAAAAAGAAGAAAUUUUACAGGGCUUUCGAUGUGAUAAAAGAAUGAGAUUAAAACAUUAGAAAAACGAGAACGAGUGUCUCGAGAUAUUCGAUCAUUAUUACAAUUGGAGAAAAAGACAAUCUACAUAUCUGAGUAUUGUGUACAAUUAAAUAAACGCGUAAUUAAAAAAUCUAUAGAUAUUUUUAAAUAGUCGUUUCCCGAUUAAUCAUUGCUCAAUAGGAAUUAUCAAUCGAAAUAGGAAAAAAGAAAAAAAAAGAAAGAAAGAGAAACAGAAAAAAACGAAAUCUAAUUUGUUAAAUCUCUCAACGAGCAUCAUUGAUCGAUAAAAAUUACAAUUUCAACUUUUGUGAACCUAUCGAAUUAGACGAUUGACCUCGAUGUAAUAAAAUUUAUUCCGUCGAAACAAAAAUUCUCACGACUAUUUAUUUAAUCAUACAUUACGUCUAUAAACCUUUAAAGAGUAGUAUACAAAUGAUUAAAAAAAUAAUCUUACCUGGAAAGCCUCCUAAAAUAGCAAUCUUGAUAAUGAUAACUGGCAGCGAAGGUUGAGCGGAAGGGGGGAGAGUGUAGUUGUCAGGAUAAGGAUCAGGAAUACCCUAAACAAAGUGUUCUAUUAAAAUGUGAAUGUUUAUUUAUCCAUACGGAAUAUUCAUUUGCUUCUAUGCUAUAAAAGAAUGCAUUUCUUGUUGCUUCCACCUUCGCAAUUUAUAACAAAAUAUUAUGAACGAUAUUCUAUCUAUUAUUGUAUCAUCGCCAUCAUUCUCAUCUAAUUAUUAUCAUUAUAAUUAAUCCAUAAUAGUUAUCAGCGGCAAUGGUAAAAACAGGAUCCGUCAAUGGCAAUUAAUUAGCCACAAUAGUUAUCGAGUGAAUUGUACAAAUCGUACGGUGGACAGGGGAUAUAAAUUCGCGUCGGACUUCUUAACCCUUAACAUUACAAUUAAGUGCUAUCAGUAAUUAAUUAUUAUUAUCAUUACACAACGAGCGAUAUGACUAUAGCUCGUGGCUUCAUCCAUUCUCACACGUUCGUAAAAUGUCAGACUUGCUGUUUGUUAAUCGUUUUUUUUUUCCUCAACGCCUCAUCAAAUGUCUACAUACGAGAGAAAGAAGUUGCCAUGCGUGUUUUCAUUGUAUCGCGAACAAGUACUCGUGUGUCAAAGACGAGAAGUUUAAUAACAAUAUAUGUUUAAUAACAUCUUUAUAUUCUCUUCUCUUCUUUCUCCUUAUAUUUUCAAAAAAAAGAAAAAAAAAGAAUACCGACAUCACAUCGAGGAAAACGUUCAUACUGUGUUUCGUCACUUUUUCAAUGUUCGUUUUUUUAUGAUCACUUCUCCUUUUCGUGACCAUUUUGAUGACCAGAUGAUACGAAAAAUAUACACGUUUUGGAUACAAAAGUCUCUCAGGCGCGUACAAUUAAUAAAUACAAAUUUGUUAAUUGCGCUUAUGUAAAUAAUAUCUACUUAUUUUUUAAACCCUUUAAUUUACAUAUUAUUCUAAACAUGGACGAAGCUACCGGCUCGCAUGAAAUGGAGUUACUUUUUUUUUUUUUCUUUAAUUAAUUCGUUUACCCCUUUCCGUACUGUGUUUCUUCUUCUCGCCCUCGAACCGUGAAAAAUAUAUAUAUAUAUUCUUCUUUAUUCACAUCUCUUAUCGCAACGCACGAAACUUAUUUAAAUUCGAUACGCGGGGAAUAAUUAUCACCGAAAUCCACGAGGAUUGGGAUUAUUCUUAACAACAUACCAUAUAUAUAUAUGUAUAUAUAUGUAUAUACACAUACAUCAUAUAUAUAUAUAUAUACACCAAUGUCACGCACAGAAUAAUUCAUUUCGUUUCGUUCGUUCGAUAUGUCGUACGACAUAUAUAUUCGUACAAUUUGUAAAAACUCGAAAUAAAAAAGAAAAGGGUUUCUAUAUAUAUAUAAUAUGCAAACCGUUAUACAACAAACACGACAGAUGGAAGUUUACAGAUGCAAACGCAAGAAAGAAAACAAAAGAGGAAAAAAAAAAAGAAAAUAGGAGAUAAAAGAUUGAAUUAAGGACAAAGGAAUAUUUAAAUUAACGCUUGAAUUAUUUAAAUUAAUAUGAAAAAUAUCAUAACCCUUAAUUAUCGCGGCCCGUUAAGCGGUGACCGCGGCUAAACGCGCGUUUCCGGUUCUUUUACCUCAAGUCCACAAGCCUCGCGUCAUCCAGUCAGUAAAAUGAACAGGACGUCUAGGAAAUAAACUUCCUACGGCAGAAAUUGAAAAAAACAAAGGAUUAGGUUUUUUGUCGAUUUUUUAAACGAUUUUUAUUAUCAUCGAUCGAGACUACCAAAUUAAAAAGAGAAAAAAGACAAUCAACUUAUUCUGUACGUGUUUUUUUUUCUCUCUCUCUCUCUCUCUAUCUCUCUCCUAUCUCUAAUGAUUCGUCGCGAAAUAAUUAAAGAAAAAAAUAUUAGCAAAUAUUCUGAUUCUUUAUCACUGAUUCGAAGUAAAAAUUUUCCUCUUGUUUUAAUUUUUCUAUAUUGAAUCAAAUGAAAAGGGAGGAAAUGAAAAAAAGAGAACGGCGUCAAAAAAAAUUAAUAAGUCACGUUUCUGAAGUACUUGAUCGCUUUUUGUCACUAAUUCUAGAACGAAGACUUUCAAUGGAUCGAUACGAUUAAAAAAUUCUUAAAUCUAAAGCUUACAACACCCACGAUCAUCUUGGACGAACAAAUUAAUCACUAAUAUACGUCCAUGUUAUUAUCUUCUCAACGGUUUAAAAAAUAACAUUCGUUCAAGCUCCUCAUUAUGGAAAUUCUUCCUAUUCUUCUUCUUAUUUCUCAUUCGCAAAACAAAAAAACAAAUUCUCGACCGAUCUGAUCGAAGCUUUUUUACGCAUACGAGUUGUCUUCUUCUAAGAAAAAGGAAAAAGAAAAAAAAAAUAAAAGAAAAAAGAAAAAAAAAA